AUGACCAUUGUAGACGCCGCCUCCAAACACGCCGUGCAGGCGUUCUUCGACUGCCUGAGAGCCGAGGUGGAGGAGUACGGCAUCUCCGUCAGCACCAUCAACCACACCUUCAUCAGCCCCUCGGGCCCCGGAGCCCGGCCCUCCAGGUCCCUGCUGUCACUGUUUUACUCCCAGAAGCCGCGCGGCGUUUCCCCGGACGAGGCGGCGGCCGAGGUCGUGAAGACUCUGAACCACAAGAGGAAGGAGGUGCUGAUCGCGCCGUCCCUCCCCAAGAUGGCCGUCUACGCCAGGUCCUUCUUCCCCAACGUCUUCUUCGCCGUGAUGGCGGCAGGAGUCAAGAGCUCUGCGGGGAACGACUAAAGCCUCCAGCCGUUC